AUGGUCUUUAACACGUUUUUUGUUCUUUAUGCUGGUCUUGUGCUAUUAGGCGGUGUACGAUCUGGCGCAACCGAUACAAAGACAAGCUGGCAUCGAUUUGUCAGAUCUCCUGUUUCGAAUGUCGUUAAACCAAUUGGCAUUGUAUCAGGUAGCACAAUUGGGAAUGUCUCCAACCCCAAUGGCUUGAUUAACCGCCAAGGCCCGACAGUGUUGAGUCGAGGCGACGAAAACGACCUGCUGCCAACAGUAGUGGUGGAUUUUGGGCAAAACGUGGUCGGUAUCUUGAGCCUCGAACUUGCCGGAUCACAAAAUACAUCUGCUGGACUGCCCGGGUUGAGAUUGGCGUUUUCUGAGACGAUGGAGUAUCUUACGAAUCGGAGUGAUUUUACACGGUCCGACAAUGCUAGCGGGAAUGAGAAACUGACCAAUGGAACGGACCAGGUAGCUGUCAAGAACACAAACUACACCUGGACAGACGUUCAUGGUUGUGAAGAUGACACCAAGGUUUGUUCAGAUGGGCUUCACGGCUUCCGUUAUGUGAAAAUAUGGCUCGAAGCCUUGCCAUCGGACGCACCAUACACAUCCUCGUUUGGUUCCGUUUCCAUCUCGGGCCUGAGCCUCGAAUGGUCCGCAUUUCUCGGAACACCAGAUACCUUCACCGGGUGGUUUGAAUGUUCAGAUGAUGAGCUUACUCAAUGGUGGUACGACGGAGUGUAUACGGUAGACAUGGGCACAGACGUGUUUCUCGCAAACGAGACAGAGCCUAGAGGCGCUUCUAGUCUAACCCUGGAGGGCAAACAAGUUCUAUUUGACGGAGCCAAGCGAGACAGAGACCCGUAUGUUGGCGAUUUGGCUGUUGCGGCAUUGACUUCAUAUUUGUCUCAUGAUUUUACUGAAUCGACGCGCAAUGUUUUGGAGGACUUGGCGCUGCAUCAGCGAACUGAUGGAUGGAUCCCUCCUGCGAGCAUAAAUAACUACACCUUGCCUCUGUUCGAUUAUCCACUUUGGUGGGUUGUCAGCAGCGUUGAUCUUGUCAUGUACACUGGCAACACCUCGUAUGCGCAAACGUACUGGGAUACACUCGUCAGCGUCCUUGACGAAUAUUAUCCCUCGAAUACGAAUAAUGCAACAGGGCUUUUGGACAAAAAUGCGGACAUGGGCUAUGGAGAUUACGCAUUUCUGCCGCGAUCAGGGCCGGUAACGUACUACAAUGCCUUGUACGCUCACGCUUUGUCAUAUGCCUCACAGCUAGCUGAAAGCCUUGGUCGUAAUGACGACGCCUCGAGGUGGUCUUCCAGAGCUGCCGAAGUUGGAGAAGCGCUACUGAAGCAUAAUUAUGACAGCAGUGCUGGUGCGUUUUACGAUGGCGGACCGUGUCCUGGAGGAGAAGCGGGCACAUUCUGCAAUGUCCAUGCACAGGAUGGAAAUGCCAUUGCUAUUCUUGCAGGUAUAACGGAUGACGAAACAGCAGCUGAGAUACUUGAUUACUGGCAAAAUGCGACGUCACAAGCGUAUGGAAACGCGUUCUACGAUAGCAGCAUACUGAGCCCUGGAGAUCAGUUCAACGAUCGUGUCUACGCCUUCAUCUCUUAUUUCGAGAUUGCCGCUCGAUUUGUUACUCCUGGGAAAGCUUCAUCUGCCUUUGACGAGGUUCGAAGGUUGUAUGGAUGGAUGGCUACUCAUGAUCCCUACAUCACACAGUGGGAGGGCAUUGGACCAAAUGGAACUGCUUAUGAGGGUGGCUUUACGUCCAUGGCACAUGGCUGGUCAACGGGAGUUGUUCCCUUGCUAAGUAGCUAUGUACUUGGAGUGAAGCCCCAAACGCCGGGUUUUCAGACGUGGAAGAUAUGCCCCGUAGUAGACGGAGGAGGGCUCACAUGGGCGAGAGGAGACGUGCCAACUCCAGGGGGAAAGAUUGGAAUCUCCUGGGAGAGGAAGGAUGCGCAAUCCGGUUUACUGUUUGUGCUGGAGACUGAAACACCUAAAGAGUCUUCUGGGGUGGUCUGUGUUCCAACAUUGGGGCUGGAGAAGCCGAAGAUAUAUAUGGAUGGAACAUCUCUUACACUAUCUACAGGCCAGACUCAAGACUGGGUGACCGUCAAUGUUACUGGAGGCAUGCACACAUUUACGGUUGAAUCUUGA